GUUUGCUGCGUCCCCGGAGGGCGGUGCCGCGCCGACUGGCACCGAGGCUGUGGGCGUCACGUGCGUUAUGGUCAGUGGCUACGGACCCGCGAACGGAAGAUACUAUCGGGACGAUGCUUCUACGAGCGUCUACAAGCACGAAAACAGUUCGGCCAUACUCGAGACAUUUGCCGAUGAUCCAUCCAACUGGUAUCUGGACAACCUCGAGGGGAAUGGUGACACGUGGUUCGUCGCGUCGAGCUACGAUAACUCCAUUCCACUUGGCAACUGGGCUGGAGCUCAGCACGGAGAUAACCUUUCGGACAUCAGCGUGGCUGCUUGCGAAGCCAGCGAGGCCACGACGACCGGCGCCGACGGGGCGGGCGCCGCCAGCGCUGAGGCCACGGCGACCAGCACCGACGAGGCGGCCGUCGCCACCACCGAGGUGGUCGACCAGAAGUCCACAACGAUUGGUGGUUCCACAGCGAGUUCGAAAUCGGGCCCGCCGUCGCACACCUUCCGGGAGGCAGGCUCGCCGGGCGUGUGCCUCCUGCACGGCUCGCGGUGCAGCCGUGGUGAGAACAUCGUGGGCGGCCCGUCGGAGUCGCGGGAGCCCACGCCAGAGGACCUGGACGUGUGGACAAGGGUGCUGGCGAAAUACUCCACCUACGACAACGUCGACCUCGCCUCGCUGGGCCAGCCGGUAUCGGUGGUUAGCCAGGUAGUGUCUGGGGUGAACUAUGACUUCACGUUCUCCGACGGCACGGUCGUCAGCGUCUUCGAGCAGAAGUGGACGGACACCCUGGAGAUCCAGGAGCUCGUGCCGUCGGCGACCGCGGACGGCAACACCACUACCGCCGAGGCGCAGACGUCAGCACCUUCCGCUACCACGACCGUGUCGACGGUGGACGACGGGCCUUCCGCCACCACGACCGUGUCGAUGGUGGACGACGGGCCUUCCGCCAACACGACUGUCUCGAUGGUGGACGACGGGCCUUCCGCCAACACGACCGUGUCGAUGGUGGACGACGGGCCUUCCGCCACGACGACUGUCUCUAUGGUGGGCGACGGGGGCGAGGGAACGACGCUGGCAGAGCUCGAGCUCAACAGGGCGCCGCAGCCAGACUUCGGUGAUUUCGAGGACAAGUCCCAGGCCUUUCGCGGCGCGCUCCUCGGCGGGCGCGGCAAGCGGGCAACCUGGGGUUCCGACUUGACUGAGUGGGGCAGCCUCGUCGGAGUGGCGCUGCUGGCGGGCGCCCUCGCCAGCCGGCUCGGCGCGCGGGCCGCGCGCGGGGCCCCGCACGGCGCCCGGGGCGACGCCGACGAGGCGCGGGUGGCGAUGCUGCACGCGGGGAGCUCGGGCGAAGGCUUCUAG